UCCCCCAUUCAAAUCUCGCCAGUUUUUCCUUCCCUCCACCUCUCUCCACGAAGAGAAACCUCAAAACCCUUGAUAUAGAGCUCUCCGUCCCCUUCCCUUUAUCCGCCGUUACCUUUCGGUUAGGUUUCCGUUCUAUCCUUAUUGCUUGUUUACGUUUCUCUGUCGAUAUUUCCCCGUUUCCGAAGAUUUUCCGGUGCCCUGCACGUUUUCUUCUCUAAUUCCACUGCUUAUUUGUUCUCUGAAUGCAUUCGAUGUUCUCCGCUCGCUGGUCUCAUUUUUAUUCCUUCUGAUUUGAUAUUUUGAUCUCCUAAGGAUAUUUCUUUGCUUUAAUCCAAUCUUUAGCUUCUUUUCGUUUCCGUUUUCUUAUCAUCGUUGGUCUUUGCUCGGUUUCGAGCUCGUUGAAUCUUUUAUAGAUCUUCUAAAGUAAAACCUGUUCUUCUGAGGGGUCGGCGUGGGGAUUAUUGCUUUCUGUGGGGGGCAGCUAGGGUUUCUCUCUCCUUUCUCAGUCCUUUACUGCUUCUUUUGGGGGGGUAGCCGGGGCUCCGGCCUCGGCGUCUUUCAAAGCCCCCUUCUUGACAAGGAAGAUCUAGUCCCCUAAUUCUUUUCCUAACCCACAGACAGGGGAAGAGAUGCCGACCCUAGCAUGUUGUAUAGAUGCUGCGGCCUUCCCUCCCGGUUACGCUAUUGCCGGGGAUAGCUCUCUUCCCGCGCCGGAAGCAUUUUCCGGCGUACCUCCGGCGACAAACACUACCUCCUCCGUCGACCAUUCCCAUUGGUCCCCUUCCCUCUCGGCCUCUCUUUACAAGAUUGACAGCUGGGGUGCCCCUUACUUCUCCGUCAACUCUUCCGGGAACAUAUCGGUUAGCCCGCACGGUGCCGAGACUCUCCCUCACCAAGAGAUUGACCUAAUGAAGGUCGUGAAGAAGGUUUCCGAACCGAAAUUCUCCGGAGGAUUAGGUUUACAAUUUCCUCUAAUUGUGCGCUUUCCUGAUGUUUUGAAGAACCGCCUCGAAUCUCUGCAAUCUGCUUUUGAUUCCGCGAUACUUUCUCAAGGCUAUGGUUCGCAUUAUCAAGGCGUGUAUCCAGUGAAAUGCAACCAGGAUCGUUUCGUGGUGGAAGACAUCGUUGAGUUUGGAUCGCCCUUCCGGUUCGGCCUCGAAGCUGGAUCGAAACCCGAGCUCCUCCUUGCGAUGAGCUGUCUGUGCAAAGGCAAUCCUGAAGCUUUUCUUGUCUGCAACGGUUACAAAGACGCGGAAUACAUCUCGCUUGCUUUGAUAGCGAGGAAGCUCCAUGUGGACACAGUUAUUGUCAUCGAGCAAGAAGAAGAACUUGACUUGGUCAUUGACAUCAGCCGUAAACUUGGCGUGCGUCCGAUGAUCGGUGUACGUGCGAAGUUGAGAACUAAGCAUUCAGGACAUUUUGGAUCGACGUCCGGCGAAAAGGGGAAGUUCGGAUUGACAACGAUGCAGAUCUUGCGCGUCGUAAGGAAUCUCGAGCAAGUAGGCAUGCUGGAUUGCCUCCAACUUCUGCAUUUUCAUAUUGGAUCUCAGAUUCCUUCAACUUCCUUACUGGCCGAUGGCGUUGGCGAGGCCGCACAGAUCUACUGUGAGCUGGUCCGUCUCGGUGCUGGCUUGAAAGUCAUCGACAUUGGAGGCGGCCUCGGAAUAGAUUACGAUGGAUCUCAAUCAUCCGACUCUGACAUUUCGGUCGGUUACGGGCUCAAAGAGUACGCUAAGACUGUUGUUCAGGCUGUCCGAUACGCUUGUGACAGAAAAUUUGUGAAGCAUCCAAUAAUUUGUAGCGAGAGCGGGCGGGCAAUUGUAUCCCACCAUUCCGUUCUAAUAUUUGAGGCGGUCUCAUCGUCUGCAACGAGCAGGCCGACGAUGCGUUCGUUUGGUCCUGGCCUUCAGGGAUUACUCGAGGAGCUUACAGACGAUGCCCGUGUAGACUACGGAAACCUGACGGCCGCGGCCAUCCGCGGAGAGUACGAAACCUGUUUGCUUUACGCUGAUCAACUCAAGCAACGUUGCAUCCAACAGUUCAAAGAAGGCUCAGUUAGCCUAGAGCACCUUGCCGCCAUUGACGACCUUUGUGAAAUUGUCUCAAGGGUAAUCGGGGUAUCCGAAUCUGUGCGCACAUACCAUGUGAAUCUCUCUUUGUUCACGUCAAUUCCUGAUUUCUGGGCAAUCGGACAGUUAUUCCCAAUUGUGCCAAUUCAUCGCCUCGACCAGAGGCCUGGAGUGAGGGGAAUUCUAUCGGAUUUGACAUGCGAUAGUGAUGGGAAGGUCGAUAAGUUCAUUGGUGGCCAAUCAAGCUUGCCGCUUCAUGAAUUGGAAGGGGGUGAGGGCAAAGCUCAUGGUGGUGGUGGUGGUGGAUAUUAUCUGGGGAUGUUCUUGGGCGGUGCUUACCAGGAGGCGCUCGGAGGAUUGCACAACCUGUUCGGCGGUCCUAGCGUGAUUAGGGUGUCGCAAAGUGACGGACCGCACGGCUUCGCGGUGACGCGAGCGGUGCCGGGACCUUCGUGCGGGGAUGUUCUACGAGCGAUGCAGCACGAGCCUGAGCUCAUGUUCGAGGCGCUUAAGCACCGUGCAGAGGAGUGCGGACACGUGAACGAGAUCGCCCGUGCCGAGCUGGCGAGCGGCCUGGCCCGCUCUUUCCACAACAUGCCUUAUCUUACCACAGCCGCUUCUUGUGCAACUGCCAAUAACAAUUUCUACUAUUACUGCAACGAGGACAAAAACAACAACAGCGUUGCUGUGGGUGACGAUGAGCAGUGGACCUAUUGCUGUGCUUGAGUUUUUGGGAGAGAAUUGUUUUUUUUUUUAUCAAAUCCCCCCCACAACCACCGCUUCUAAUGUGCUUUGCUUUGUUUGCCUCUGGAGGUCGUCUGUUUUUUUUUUUUGUAACUUUUUUUCUUUAGUUUUUAAUUGUAGCUUCUCUUCGCUGGAGCCUGAAGGUGAUGAUGAUGCAAGGACGGGUCCUUUGGGGACGAGAACCGAAUACGUCAUGUGUAAAUUCGGAAUCUCGUUUCCUUUGUUUGUUUUUAGUUUAUUUCAGCUAUUUUUCUAAUAAACAUGUUAAUAUUUCAAAAGAAAAGCAUGCGGUUUCCGGUUCAAAGU